UGGACGGAGCCUCCAGCCGCCUGAAGGUUUACCCGCCAGCUCCAGUCAAUGCCUCGGCUGACACAAUUGGCUGCAUCGCGUGUCACUCAAACAGUCCCGCCUGAGUUCAGUCAUUCCGGGACGGCUCGUCCGACGGUGCGAUUGACGUGUCAUCCAACCAAUCAGCUCUUAGAAGCAAGCAGCGCUAGCAGCUCCUGGGAGUACUCGGUCAGCGUGCACUAUUCUGCCAUCUUUAGCCCGCCUCUGCUACGGGGGCUGUAUGUGAGACAAGCUGAAGCCGGCACCGAGCUCCCUCAGAGGCCUUGCUCUCCCGCAGCUCGCAGACUUUGCGCACAUCGGCCAGACGACAGCCGGCGGAGCUGGGCGGGGACUCCCGGGGGCGCUCACGUACACAGGGAAGGCGGAUUCCCGAAACAGGCUUGUGCGCGCCCCCGCCUCCCUUCCCUGCCGCCGCUGCAGCGACCCAGGCGCGUGGCUCUAGGCGGACAGGAGGCUGCACCGGGCACGGGAGACUUGACUGGCCCGAUACGUCAACAUGGCGAGCGCCUCGUACCACAUCUCCAACCUGCUGGAGAAGAUGACAUCCAGCGAUAAAGACUUCAGGUUCAUGGCAACAAAUGACUUGAUGACAGAGCUUCAAAAGGACUCUAUUAAGUUGGAUGAUGACAGUGAAAGGAAAGUUGUAAAGAUGAUUUUAAAGCUAUUAGAAGACAAGAAUGGCGAAGUUCAAAAUUUAGCUGUGAAAUGCCUUGGUCCUCUAGUAAGUAAAGUUAAAGAGUAUCAAGUUGAAACCAUUGUCGACACACUCUGUACAAAUAUGUUGUCAGACAAGGAGCAGCUACGUGAUAUAUCUAGCAUUGGGUUGAAGACUGUAAUUGGAGAGCUUCCUCCGGCAUCCAGUGGGUCUGCUUUGGCAGCAAAUGUUUGCAAAAAAAUUACAGGGCGUUUGACAAGCGCUAUUGCAAAACAGGAGGAUGUGUCUGUCCAAUUGGAAGCCUUGGACAUUAUGGCAGAUAUGCUCAGCAGACAAGGUGGAUUGCUGGUUAAUUUCCACCCUUCAAUUUUGAGUUGUUUACUUCCACAGUUAACAAGCCCAAGGCUUGCUGUAAGAAAAAGAACCAUCAUUGCUCUUGGACAUCUGGUAAUGAGUUGUGGCAACAUUGUGUUCAUUGAUCUCAUUGAACACCUAUUGGCAGAGCUUUCUAAAAAUGACUCCAUGUCUACCACCAGGACCUACAUACAAUGCAUUGCUGCUAUCAGUAGGCAAGCAGGCCACCGAAUAGGUGAAUAUUUGGAGAAAAUCAUUCCCCUUGUGGUAAAAUUUUGUAAUAUUGACGAUGAUGAGCUGAGAGAGUAUUGCAUUCAGGCAUUUGAAUCGUUUGUAAGAAGGUGUCCAAAGGAAGUAUAUCCACAUGUAUCGACUAUUAUUAACAUCUGUCUUAAAUAUUUGACUUAUGACCCAAAUUACAACUAUGAUGAUGAGGAGGAGGAUGAAAAUGCUAUGGAUGCUGAUGGUGCAGAUGAUGAUGAUCAAGGUAGUGAUGAUGAGUACAGUGAUGAUGAUGAUAUGAGUUGGAAGGUCAGACGUGCAGCUGCCAAGUGCCUGGAUGCUGUGGUGAGCACUCGUCAUGAGAUGCUGCCAGAAUUCUACAAGACUGUGUCUCCUGCUCUGAUAGCUAGGUUCAAGGAACGGGAAGAGAAUGUGAAGGCUGAUGUGUUUCAUGCAUAUCUGUCACUUCUGAAACAGACAAGACCUGUACAAAGCUGGCUUUGUGACCCAGAUGCAAUGGAGCAAGGGGAAACGCCACUGACAAUGCUUCAGAGCCAGGUACCAAACAUUGUGAAGGCGCUACAUAAGCAAAUGAAGGAGAAGAGUGUGAAGACGCGCCAGUGUUGUUUUAACAUGCUCACGGAAUUAGUCAAUGUGCUACCUGGUGCUUUAACGCAACACAUUCCAGUUCUGGUGCCAGGGAUCAUAUUUUCAUUAAAUGACAAGUCAAGUUCUUCUAAUCUGAAGAUAGAUGCUCUAUCAUGUCUGUAUGUGAUUCUUUGCAAUCAUUCUCCUCAAGUCUUCCACCCACAUGUCCAAGUCUUGGUUUCACCUGUGGUAAUCUGUGUCGGAGAUCCAUUCUACAAAAUCACAUCUGAAGCUCUGCUGGUUACACAGCAGCUUGUGAAGGUCAUCAGACCUCUGGACCUGCCUUCUUCCUUUGAUGCAACACCAUACAUAAAAGAUUUGUUUACAUGUACAAUCAAAAGGCUGAAAGCAGCAGAUAUUGAUCAAGAAGUAAAGGAACGUGCAAUCUCUUGCAUGGGUCAGAUUAUCUGUAGUUUAGGUGAUAAUCUGGGAAGUGACCUCCCUAGUACGCUUCAAAUAUUUCUGGAAAGACUGAAAAAUGAGAUCACACGUUUGACCACAGUGAAAGCUCUAACACUGAUAGCAGGUUCUCCUUUGAAAAUAGAUCUAAGGCCGAUCUUGGGUGAAGGAGUACCAAUCCUUGCCUCAUUUCUUCGGAAGAAUCAGCGAGCUUUAAAACUCGGGACGCUCUCUGCUCUAGACAUUUUAAUAAAAAAUUAUAGUGACAGCCUCACUGCAGCAAUGAUUGAUGCUGUACUGGAUGAGCUUCCACCUCUUAUUAGCGAAAGUGAUAUGCAUGUGUCUCAGAUGGCCAUAAGCUUCCUGACAACGUUGGCUAAAGUAUACCCAUCCUCUUUGGCAAAGAUCAGUGGAUCAAUCCUCAAUGAACUUAUUGGCUUGGUGCGGUCACCAUUGCUCCAAGGAGGAGCACUAAGUGCAAUGUUAGAGUUUUUCCAAGCCUUAGUGGUGACUGGAACUACGAGUCUGGGAUAUAUGGACUUGCUCCGUAUGUUGACUGGACCAGUUUAUGCACAAAGCACUGCACUUACUCACAAACAAUCAUACUAUUCUAUUGCCAAAUGUGUGGCAGCGCUUACUCGAGCAUGUCCUAAGGAAGGUCCAGCUGUGGUUGGUCAGUUUAUCCAGGAUGUUAAGAACUCAAGGUCCACAGACUCUAUUCGCCUCUUGGCUCUGCUUUCACUAGGCGAGGUUGGCCAUCAUAUUGACCUCAGUGGACAGCUUGAGCUGAAAUCUGUUAUACUGGAAGCUUUCUCUUCUCCUAGUGAAGAAGUCAAAUCUGCAGCUUCAUACGCACUUGGAAGCAUCAGUGUAGGCAACCUUCCAGAAUAUUUGCCAUUUGUUUUGCAAGAGAUAACUAGUCAACCCAAGAGACAAUAUCUUCUGCUUCAUUCCCUCAAGGAGAUAAUAAGUUCUGCUUCGGUAGUAGGCCUCAAGCCUUAUGUUGAGAAUAUAUGGUCUUUACUGCUUAAACACUCUGAAUGUGCUGAGGAAGGAACAAGAAAUGUAGUUGCAGAAUGUUUGGGAAAACUGACACUGAUAGAUCCAGAGACCCUCCUGCCACGGCUUAAAGGAUACUUGGCUGCUGGUUCGUCUUAUGCACGAAGCUCUGUGGUAACAGCUGUUAAAUUUACAAUAUCUGACCAUCCUCAGCCCAUUGAUCCGCUGUUGAAGAAUUGCAUUGGUGACUUCCUGAAAACACUGGAAGAUCCAGACCUAAAUGUUAGACGAGUAGCCCUUGUGACGUUUAAUUCUGCUGCCCACAACAAGCCUUCACUGAUCAGAGACUUGCUUGAUUCUGUGCUUCCACAUCUGUAUAAUGAAACAAAAGUUAGAAAAGAGCUAAUAAGAGAGGUGGAGAUGGGUCCUUUCAAGCAUACAGUUGAUGAUGGCUUAGACAUCCGGAAAGCAGCCUUUGAGUGUAUGUAUACUCUUCUUGACAGCUGUCUGGACAGACUGGACAUCUUUGAGUUCUUAAAUCAUGUUGAAGAUGGUCUAAAGGAUCAUUAUGACAUAAAGAUGCUUACAUUUUUAAUGUUGGUUAGGCUAUCCACACUCUGUCCAAGUGCUGUACUGCAAAGGUUGGAUAGACUGGUAGAACCCUUACGUGCCACUUGUACAACUAAGGUAAAAGCAAACUCUGUGAAACAAGAAUUUGAGAAGCAAGAUGAACUAAAACGUUCAGCAAUGAGGGCAGUGGCAGCACUUUUAACCAUUCCAGAAGCAGAAAAGAGCCCGUUGAUGAGUGAAUUCCAGUCCCAGAUCAGCUCAAAUCCUGAACUAGCAGCCAUAUUUGAAAGUAUUCAGAAAGAUACUUCCUCUGCUAACCUGGAAUCAAUGGACACAACUUAAACAGCUAUAUCAAGGAGGGACCAUAACAUUGAACCAUAAAAUGCACUGAAAUUGACAGGUUCUAAAAGAGGAAAGAAUGAAAUAUCUUAAGUUUCAAGCUUCACAAUGUUCCACUUUCUUUACACUUUAAGAAGAUGGUUUGGCUUAAUUCCAUUGUUGCUUUUUGUAGCAUUGAUUCCAGGAAUAUAAAUGUCCAUAAUCAAGAUAUUAUUGGUUUGACCAUUUUAAUAAUGGCUAUAGCUUAGAACACAAUGUUUGAAGAUAACUUUCAACAUCCAUUUGCCCUGUAAUGUUUAGGAUUAAAACUGUUAAAAUGGACCAUGAAUAUAAUUUUUAUUCCAUAUUUUUUUCUCCAGCAGCUGAACACAUGGCUUUUUGUACAACUUCUCUUCUGUUUCUUUGAUUCCACUACAUAAAAAGUUCUGGCUUGCAGAUCUA